GUGUGAGUGUCUCUCUCUCUCUCUCUGUGUUGUGUGUGUGUUUGUGUCACGCUGGACAAUUGGAGCAAAUGCGAAUAAGAAACAAAGACGAAGAAGAAGCACGCGAAUAUUAACUGCUACAAAACAUGCAGCAACAACAACAAAUGCCAAACAGCGGUAGUCAUACGCCCGUUCUGACGCCGUCCGCUGCCAGCGUCGGCAGCAGCAGCUGCAGCACACCCAUACGCAUUGGUAGCGAACGAAAGCUCGCCGGCAGCGGCGGCGGCGGAGAUUCACUGUUGCCGCCACCGUCAAACACCAUUUCCGUUUCCUCUUGUUCGCACUCGAUGCCAGGCACGCCGCAGUCAAGCAGCGUCCCAACAGCGACGGGCAGCACGCUGCAGCUGCAGGCGACGACGUCAUCGUCCGCUGCUCUGACUAUGGCCGCCUCGAAUCAGUCGCUUGGCGUCGGCGCCAGCAGCAGCAUUAGCGGCAUCAAUAUUACGCCGCCAAACAGCGCCGGACUGCGACAGCAGCCGUCAGUAUUCGAUUUCAAAUUCAAGCGUCGACCCUCGCAAAAAGUGCUCUUAACCAAACUGCCCUCCACGGACAGUUUGAGCAACAGCCCAGCGCCAUCAUCGCCAGGAAUCGCCAAUUGGGCCUCAGAUAAUCGCGAUGGCAAUCUGGCAGAUAAGUCUGCUGCCGAUGCUGCCAAGCUCAAUCGCAAGGAGUCGUAUAAGGCGCAGCGGAAGAACUACAGGCGGGAGAAGAAGCGCGUGGCCAGCGAGCUGAUGAACUCCCUCCAGGAUCCAGCUGUCAUUGUCCUAGCUGAUUGGCUAAAGGUACGCGGCACACUCAAAUCGUGGACAAAGCUGUGGUGCGUUUUGAAGCCAGGCUUGCUGCUCAUCUACAAGAGCCAGAAGACGAAAAGCAGCCAUUGGGUGGGCACUGUCAUGUUGACCUCCUGUCAGGUCAUCGAGCGGCCCAGCAAGAAGGAUGGCUUCUGUUUUAAGCUCUUUCAUCCGCUGGAGCAGUCCAUUUGGGCACCUCGAGGACCCGAUAAGGAGACCAUUGGCGCUGUUGUGCAACCGCUGCCCACAGCUUAUCUGAUAUUUCGUGCGCCCAGCCAGGCGGCUGGCAAAUGCUGGAUGGAUGCACUGGAGCUGUCGCUGCGCUGCUCGGCGCUUCUAUUGCGCUCCAAUAGCAGCACAACGCCAUCCAAUGCCUACACCGGCGAACCGCUGCCCGUCUCCAAUGAAACGCAGUGGUCGGAGGCGGACUACGAGAAGCACUUUAACGAUCACGGUAAGUGGAUGCAACAGUGGCUAGCGCCGCCGACACCAACUGAAUGCUCAAGCCAGCAGCCUUCGCGUGCCACAACGCCGUUGCUGCUGCAACAGAUCUACAGCAGCGCGUUGAGCAACUGGGAUCGCAACAAGAGAUUCCCAACAUUCGGGCAACGCUCGCAGCCGAUGCGACACGGCAGCGAUGCCUCGAGCAUUGAUUUUACGCCCAAUCAGCGUUUGCGCCGGCGGCAUCUGAGUCCCGUCAGCAAAUCCCUAUCACUGGGUGAGGGUGCCUUCUGUCCAAGCAGCAGCACCAGCGACAAUGAUGACGAUGACUUCGUCAGCAGCAAUCUUGGCAUCCCAGCACCAACCGGUUCCAGGCCAGUGAGCGCACCACCCGACUGCCUGCUGCGUCCGCAUUUCCAAAUCAAUGUUCAGGAUCUGGACGCUGAUAGCCAGAAUGAGGCAGCCAAUGCGGCAAUGUCUGGUCUGGAGUCUGACUCGGAAUCAGAGCCGGCACAGGAAGAUGAUGUUGUUGACCAGCCACCAUGCGAGGAGACCACCUAUGUGCCAUUUCAGGAAGAGGAGUUUGGUGCGCAAGGGGAGCAGGUGGAGGAACUAGCCGAAGAGAAUAAGAGUCUCAUCUGGUGUAUUGUGAAACAGGUGCGACCCGGCAUGGAUCUGAGCAAGGUAGUCCUGCCAACCUUCAUAUUGGAGCCACGCUCAUUUCUCGACAAGCUCUCUGACUCGUACUACCAUGCAGAUUUGUUGUCCAGAGCUGUGCAUGAGGAUGAUGCGUUUACUCGGAUGAAGAUGAUUGUGCAAUGGUAUCUGUCCGGGUUCUAUAAGAAACCCAAGGGCCUCAAGAAGCCAUAUAAUCCGAUAUUGGGCGAAACGUUUCGCUGCUAUUGGGAGCAUCCGGGCGGCAGUCGCACCUUUUAUAUUGCCGAACAGGUAUCACAUCAUCCGCCCGUGUCGGCAUUUUAUGUGACAAAUCGCGAGGAUGGCUUCAGCAUCACCUGCUCCAUCUUGGCGAAAUCGAAGUUCUAUGGCAAUAGCACAUCGGCCGUAUUGGAGGGAGCGGCAACGAUGACGCUACUGCCUCGCGGCGAAUGUUAUACGGCGAGCACACCCUAUGCCCAUUGCAAGGGUAUACUCAUGGGCACGCUGUCCAUGGAGCUCGGCGGUAAGAUCAACAUCGAGUGCGAAAACACCGGUUACAAGACGGAGCUCGAGUUCAAGCUGAAGCCAUUCCUCGGUGGCGCCGAUGCCACCAAUGUUGUUGUUGGCAAAAUCAAGCUAGGCAAGGAGACGUUGGCCACCAUCAGCGGGCACUGGGACAAGGAGUGCCGCAUCAAGGAUAUGAAAACGGGUGAGGAGACGCUGCUCUUCAAAGCGGACGCCGAAAUGCGUUCGAAGCGUCUCACACGCUAUCUGGUGCCCAUGGAGAAACAGUUGCCCACGGAAUCGGAACGGCUCUGGCGUCUCGUCUCUGAGGCCAUUGCAAACGAGGAUCAAAUUGCGGCCACCGCGGAGAAAACUGUACUCGAGGAAAAUCAGCGUGCGGCUGCCAAGGAUCGUGCGGAAAAUGACAAAGUCCAUAUACCCACACUGUUCGAACAGGAUAGCUAUGGCCAGUGGAUCUAUAAGUAUGCCGAUUUGCGGCCCUGGGAUACGCGCAACGAUGUGCGUCAAUAUGAGUGCGACUACAAGGUGCUCACCGAGACCCGGAACAAAACGGUGCCCAUUGUUCAUGGCGCCGAAAUUAUUCAUCCCCUGCGUGCCGGGCAUGAGCCAUCCAUUAGGAGUCGUACACGUUUAACCGUUGGCAAGGAGUCCAACAAGACGCCCAAGGCUAUGAACAAAUCUCUGGUGUUGGCACCACGUGACACCAACUCGGAUUCCAGUCAAUCGCCCCAAGGCGCCGUCAAGCGGGGCACGAAUAGCAGUUCUUUCAGGCAAAUCGCCGUGACCUUGGAGCAGUUGAAUGCCACACUGGAGAAUCAUACGAAGCAGCUAAAUGACAUCUCACGCCGAUUGGAACGGAUGCAAUAUGCGCCGCCCUCUCAGCACACGUCGCCAUAUGAUCUGCUUGGAGGCGGCGUCUCCCUUUCCACGGUGUUCAAGUCGAUAAUCUAUGCGCUAAUUGGACUCGGCGUCAGCCUCAUAUUGCGCUGGCUGUUUAAAUAGUUUAAUUAUUUGGUUUUAUUUGUAUAUUAUUAAGCAGAAUUUUUGAGCAUAUACAUUUAGCUGAUAUAUAUAUAUAUACAUAUACAUAUACAUAUACCUAUAACUAUAUAUAUAUAUAUAUAUAUAUAUAUAUACAUAUGUAUAUAUAUGUAUCUAUAUACACACCCAAUAUUCUAUAGCUCUAUUUGCCUAUUGAUUAUUUGUAUUUUGUACAUUCUCUCUGUACCACUCAAAAUGCCUUCGCCGCGUCUAGAGUCAAUCACGAAUUAUGAUUAAGUUAAGUGUUAGGUACUAUGUAUGUUGUAGUCCAAGUCGGAUAUAUAUAUACAUGUAUAAAUAUAUAGCUGGCGAAAAAUGCAAACGUUUGCAAAUCUGGCGCCACACAUCAGGUACGUCUCUUUAGGUCUUUAGGCGUUUUCUAAAGCAUUACGGUUUAUAUAUAUAUAUAUAUAUAUAUGAAUCUAACUAAUAUUCGCACCAACAAUUUCGUAACAAUUCCAAGUCGCUGACAUCUUAAGCAAAAUGUAACCAAUUCCCGUUGUUUUUUUUUUUCUGUAAGUUACAUAAUUAUUCUCUUACACAAAUAUAUUCAAAACGAGGCUUUCUGCUAAAAACAUAAAGAGAGACACUCACAAAUCCAUUUAGAAUUUAAAUGCUAAAGUGUGCUUAAAAUAAAUUAAGAAACACACCCACCCACCCUCACACACACACACACACACACACACAAAAGAAAAACGAAAACAUAUACACUCGUCACUUAUAGAGCCAACACCAAUUGUACAACAUGAAAUAAAAAUCAACCUUUUCAAUA